AGGGUUUAGAUGGAUGGAAGGGAGAAGCUAUUCAUGGAGUUCCUGAUAACGCCUGUUUGUAUUUAUUCCCGUACCCAAUCCAUGCAAUGCCUAAUCAGGGUAUAUAAUAGUCUAUGCGUAUACUAUGUACAUGUGUUUAAACCAUCAAAAUGCUCGUCCGGGUCGUCUCUUGAUCUGUGGCUUCUUGACCACGCUUCCACCACCAGAAGAUCCAUUUCGUGAUGUGGAUGAGGCCGUGGCACCCCCAACCUUUCUACCGGUGAUGGCUGGACGUCGCACAGCAGACCCUGCUUCGACUUCUUGCUUCCGUCUCGAUGGGUCGUUCCGCUCGAUUUCUCUUUGCUUUUCUGCUGCAGCCCGUUCACGGUCCGCGGCCAUCUGGGUUUCAAUCUCCAUGCGUCGGUUGAAUUCUAGUUCUGUCACGCGGCGUUCCCGCUGGGAAUAACCCUUUUCUUUGACGGAGUAGAAAACGCCUCCGAGUUCGGCGAGCCACUG